AUGGGCAGCGGCUCGUGGGUCGUGCACGAGGGGUUUCUGCUCUGCCCACAGCACGACGAGUCGGCGCAAAGCACUGCGCGUGGCACUACGUCCAGAGGCUUUACAGAGCUCUACGUCGUGCUGACGCUGAACCGCAAACUCGAGUUCUUUGACGCGUGCGACGCGGCGACCCGCACGCGCGUCGACGCCGCGUGUCUCAAGGGCUUUGCCGGGUGGGACGGCGACGGUCUCUUGCAGGUCCACGCGUACGGAUUGGCGCUCAAAGUCGAGCGCAAUGCCAAGUCGCGGAUGCAUUUGGCGGCGCUGAAUCGCGUGGAUCUCGACAAGUGGUGUCGCGCGUUUAUGGCGGUGUUGGAUCCGCAUAGUGCCGCGGGCGAAGAGGUCCGACGUGAACGACGUCGGGUGAAGAAAGAGGAGAAGCGGUUGAAAGAAGAGCGAGACGAGAAGAUUCGGAAGUGGCAAGAGAAGAAAGCUCGGAUGAUCAAGGAAGAGCAGGACCGGCUGCUGGCGAGGGAAGAGGAGAUCAACAACAUGACGCCGCUGGAGCGCGUGGAUGGACUUGGCUCGUUGGACGAGGCUACGGCGAAAAUGCUGGAAAGAAGAAAGCUCCGACUGCAGCGUCGACAGGCGCCGACGACUGAGCGAGUGAACAAGUCGGCGUAUCGACGACGGAUGGAAGAAGCGGCGGGUGGCAAGACGGACAACAUGCAGCGCCUGCAGACGAAGGUGGUGGAGCAAAAGACAAAAUUUCGUGUCGACCUCCCGCCUCCUGGACAGUUUUUCGAGGUUGGUGGCGUUGUGCACAGCGACGCAGCAAUACGACGAGGAUCUUUCAGCAGCGAUGUGUCCGACAGCUCUUCCGUGUCAUCACGACUCUCUUCAGUUUCUUCUGCAGCAGGAUCGAGGUACGAUGGUGGUAUGGCCUCUGCACCUCCCCCGCCACCACUGCCACUUUGGCCUGGCAGCGGCUCUCGAGGGUCGAUGUCGUCUAGAUCACCGACAGGCAUUCCGCCACCCCCGCCCCCUCCACCCUUUGACCCGGGUCACAUUCGUGAUGGCGAGUCUCGACUUUCAAGAUCCAGCAGUAGCUUGCGCAGCGCAUCCUUUGACUCGUUUGCUUUCGAUCGGGAGGACGAGGUCAUCCGGUCUCGGGAUUCGUUCUCGCAAAGCAAGAGCUCUGUGUCGCAUGCGACCAGCAAGGACAGAAGACACCUGGAAAACAAUUUGGCUGCUGUGUUAGGCAACGGAAGGCCCCAAUCUGUCUCACGUGCGUCUCGAAGGAGCCAUCGACGGGACUCGACUGUGAGCUCGACAACAGCGACAUCCUACUCCGCAACAGACCGGGCAUCACGUACCCACGCCGUGGGAUCGAAUGGCAAGAGCAGUCCUCCUGCUUCCACACCGACUAUGGCAAAUGUGUUUGCAGCCAGUCUUGCCGCGAUUCGCCGCAAUCGCGCUGAUACCAUCGACUCAGUGGGCGCUGUCAGUCAUGCUGCCAGUCCAGAAGAGCGCACAUAUCGUAACGGCAAGAAAGCGCACGAUCGGAAUCGUGACUCACCUCGUAGUGCUGCGACGAACGGGAUGCUGAAGAACAAAGCAAUGAGCGAGAAUAGUACGGAGGACGAACCGUCCAAGUCCAAGACAAAAGCAAAGUCGGGUCGCAAGGGACUGUUCGACGACAGUGGCAGCGACGAAGAUUCGGACACGGGGUUGUUUGGCGCAGACAAGCAAGAGAGCAAGACAGCAAAUGACGCCUCUUUGACUUCGAACAGCGUGUGCUCCAGCGAUAAGAGCAUGGACACACGUCCGAAGGAUGUCGUUCCUGCUGCGUCUUCAAGCAGUGAUGAGGACGUGUCAAGUGACUCUGAUUCCAGCAACGAAACGUCGUUCUUCGCGCAGCGCAGCACCACUGACACAAGCGCACGAGACACCGCAACGCACAACGUCGGAGUGAGCAGGUUAGGACCGAGUGUUGUCGUGCUAUUCAAGACGUCUGCGCUAUCCUCUGGAGGCAAAAAACCAGACGGCGUGUACACCUUUGCGCUUCAGCUUGGAAGCUUGGAGCACAGUUUCUCGUUCACGUACGCGGAGUUUGAGGCGAUCCACUCGCGACUGACAGCGGCUUUCCCGGGCAUCACACUGCCGAAGUUCCCUCCGAAACACCGCUUGCGCAACAACACGAAGCCCGAGAACAUGGAAAAGCGUGCACAGGAGUUUCGGCUAUACUUGCAGCAGUUGGUCUCGUCCCGCGAGGUGCUGUCGAGCGAGCAAUUCCAGGCGGAGUAUCAUGUCAACGGUGCGUUCGCGCAAGCAUUAGCGAACGACCAGAAAUCGAGUUCCAGUGCUGCAAAUGGUGUCCGCUCCAGCGGUCGUCCCCCGAGAAGCCCCGUUGCACCCGUGUCAAGUCAGGGAUCAGCUUUGUCCGCUAGUUCGUCUCGAGUGGCUGACCCUCCUGCUCAGGCCAGCAAGACAAAGGCAUCGAAGGGGUUGUUUGGGUCUGGUGACUCGGACUCAGAGUCGGACUCGGACACAUCAGUCAAUGGGUCAAAGCCCCCAGCAAGGCAGCAGCGGCGCGACUCUGCAGCCCCGUUAGCUCAGAGGGAAACAGCGCUGGAACGGUCUGAACGGUCGAGCAGCGUCGUUAGUUCAGCUCACGGGGAUACUCAGCGCGGCAAGAAGAGCCGGUCGCGCUCACGAUUGAGCUCACGAGCGAGCUCGAGGGCAAGCGUUUGCGCCUCACAAGAGCCUCCUCUCAAGCCGACAGUGACGGGUCUUCCACCUGGACGGCCAAAUCCGUUCGCAGGCGGCCAUGGCGAUCUACUUGCCGCGAUCCGACAGGGCACGCAGCUGAAGAAUAGUACCGGGGACUCGGCGGGUGACAGCUCGUCUCCCGGUGGAUCGACCGCCGCAAAGCCGGUGCCGCCACCGCCUGCGCUCACGCAACCAGGUUCCAUCAACGAAGCGAUCACGAACGCCAUGGCGAUGCGGCGUAUCCAUGUCGAGUACGAGGAAACGAACUCGAACGCAGACUCCGACUCGGACGACGACUGGGACUGA